AUGAUGCACUCGUUGCCGACGGAGCUGAUGCUGGCGGUCUACGUGGUGACGUUCGCCACCGGCCUGCCCGCCAACGUGCUGGCCUUCUACGCCUUCAGCCGCAAGGUGCGGCAGAAGCCCACGCCCAUCGACAUCCUCCUCCUCAACCUGACCGUGUCGGACCUGGUCUUCCUCGCCUUCCUGCCCUUCAAGAUGAAGGAGGCGGCCGACGACAUGGCGUGGGACAUGCCCUACUUCCUGUGCCCGCUCUCGGGCUUCCUGUUCUACACCACCAUCUACAACAGCACCUUCUUCCUGACCGCCGUCAGCGUGGAGCGCUACCUGGGCGUGGCCUUCCCCAUCUGGCACAACCUGCACCGCCGGCCGCUGUACUCGGUGGUGGCCAGCGUCUUCUUCUGGGUGGUCUCCUCCAUGCAGCUCAGCAUCGUCUACAUCAUGCCCUACUACAACCCCAACGACGCCAACGUCAGCUUCCCGCCGUCCCGCUGCUACGAGAACUUCACCCGCGACCAGCUGAGCGUCCUGCUGCCCGUCCGGCUGGAGCUGUGCCUGGUGCUCUUCUGCGUGCCCUUCCUCAUCAGCUCCUUCUGCUACGUCAACUUCAUCCGCAUCCUGUCGCGCCUGCCCAACAUCAGCCGCAAGAGGCGGCUCCGCGCCAUCGGCCUGGCCCUGGGGACCCUGCUGGUGUUCGCCGUGUGCUUCGGCCCCUACAACGCCUCGCACAUCGUGGGCUUCGUCACGCAGGAGAGCCCCCGGUGGCGGGACGUGGCGCUGCUCUUCAGCACCUUCAACGCCUGCCUGGACCCGCUCAUCUUCUACUUCUCCUCCUCGGCCGUGCGGGAAACAUGGCAAAACUUACUGAUCGGGUAA